GAAGCAUCCUGUUAGGAGACUAUAAAUGGGGCGGCAUUCACGUCCAAGAGCCAUAUUCAACCUGCGGAAUUCACCAUGAAAUUAACCCUUCUGUUGCUGAUCUUUACCGCCUGUGCUAAGCAAAUCCUUGGCCAGGACGAUGAGAGCCAGACUGUCCGAUCCAAUUUGACAAAAGUGGCCUCAUCUUUGCCGUCGCGAUGCGGCAUUGCGUUUCCUGGCCGAGUUAUUGGCGGUAAUGUGGCUGUACCCCACAAAUACCCAUGGACUUCUUAUCUUUUGAUCAGGAAAGUGGUCAAUGGACAACAACAAAAUUCGUAUUGUGGAUCUACCAUUAUAAGCAACUGGUGGUUGGUGACGGCAGCUCAUUGUUUGGAUAAUGCUGUCCAAGUGGAGGUUCGCGCAGGUUGCCUUUUGAACUACCAAUGUGAGGCUAUUGAGGCGGCUAGAGGAUGGAUUGUUCAUCCUUCCUAUGAUAGACGUACCCUCAACAAUGACAUUGCCUUGAUCCAAGUUCAAAGGCCAUUGAGAUUUAGCAGAAAGAUCCAACCCUCUUGCUUGCCGGGAAGCUAUCUGGGCGAUAAUAGGGGAGUUAUUGUGGUUGGAUGGGGAGCAACUUCAAACAACGGACCAGGAUCAGCCGCUUUAAAAGAGGGUGUUAUGGUGUCGAGAAAUAGUGGUGUGUGUUCCCGUUUUUUCGGAUCUUUUUCUCCUCUUACGAUGAUCUGUGUUACCAGAUACAAUGCCAACGUCUGCUCUGGAGACUCAGGAACUUCUGCGGGUAGAUUUAUCGGGGGACGCUUUCAACUGGAUGGGGUGAACUCAUAUGUCUAUUAUAAAGGUUGUGAUCAAGGUCCCAAUGUACUUGUUCGAGUGUCACACUAUGUCUCCUGGAUUCGAGCUAUUGUUUAAGCAAUGCUUCUAAUGGAGCAUUCGUCACCCUUGAGAACCUAGAAAAGUUCGUACAUGAAGUCGUGAGUGGUGAUGCAUCCACCCAAUGAACAAACAAAGUGUCUGAGUCAGAGUUGAUCUUUUCCCGCACUUGCUAUCUCUUGUUCCAUUGAAAUAUACAUACAAUUGCAAGCCUAUAAAAA